UUUUCAUCAGCUGGCGCGCUCGUGUUUUCGUCUUUAAAAUUCUUGUCUGAGAAAUUACGAUUUAAUUCAAUUUAUUGCAGUAAGUGUCUUGAUGCGAGUUGUAUUUUGCGAAAAUAUUUUACCCAAGUUUAUAAAUAUUUCUUGAGUAAAAUGCCGAUCACGCCGGUGCAGUUUGAAAGCUCUCGGGCCAAAGACCAGGCCCGACAGGACCUUCGAGAAGCAAGGGAACGAGCUAUGGAACAGGCAAAAUUAAAACACGACAGACGCGUUGCUGACGAAGAGAGGGCUAGAGAAAGAGGUGACGAUAAAUGGAUGCUUCCGUCGGUCGAAGCCCGGCUUGCAGAGGAGUCCGGCAAAAAGAGCAAAAAGCACAAGAAGGAGAAAAAGCAAAAGAAGAAAAAGAAGAAGCACAAGAAGGAAUCCAGUUCUUCAGACAGCGACACUGACAGCAAUUCUGAUGACGAGUGGGUUGUGAAAGGUGAGAAGAAAAGCAAGAAAAAGGAGUCAGCAAAGGAAAAACCGGCUGAAUCUGCUGGUGAAACGUCCAAGCCAGUUCGAGACGAUUGGAUGAUGCUGCCGGAUUUAGUUCCGUGCAUUACCAGGGAUGAGAUCAGACAAAGUCGGAAGCCCAAAGAGGAAAGAGAGGCAGAAGAGAAAAAGAAAAACGUUCUGGACAAUCCAGGGCAGUAUGAGAAGGAGUUGAAUCCAUACUGGAAAGACGGAGGAACUGGUCUGCCUCAAAUGGAGAAAAGUGACGAACUAAAACUUCCGAGCAAAACUGUGGGAGACCAAGGAACUGGCUGGCUCCGAAAAGCUCUGAAAAGGAUUUACGAACAAGCUGAAGAGACUGGAGAAGAUCCAGAAGACAUUGCUUCUGAGAGAUGGGGUUCCUUGGAGAAGCUUGAGAGUAUGAUUGCUGACGCCGAAGGACGCAAAAGAUCUGAAAUUAGAGAUAGUUUUCAUCGUGGCUCAAAAGGCCAAGGUUCACGUCCGAGAUUUGCACGUCCCCGAGAUGAUUACGAGGAACCGAGAGGGAGAGAAAAGGAAACUGGGCGCAGUAGCUUUCGAAAGCCUUCUGAUGAUGAUCUUGAAAGCCGUCCUGGACCGAGUUUCUCCAGAGGACGUUCCGAACGAGAGUGGGAUAGAGAUAAGGUGAGGGAUAAGAGAUCUCCUGACAAGACAAGAGAUAGGGGACGGGAUAGAAGGUCUUCAGAACGGCCCAGAGACAGAAGAUCGCCCGAGAGAUCUCGAGAUAGGAGGUCACCGGACAGAUCAAGACGGUCGCCUGAUUCACGCAGGGAGAAGAGGUCCCCAGACAGGAGAAGCUACCAAAGACCUCGGGAUGAUGAUUUUGAGGAGGAUCGGCGGAGAAGACCUGAUUUUGAUAGAAAAGUGGAUUUGAAGAACAAAUUUCAGAAACCUAGGGACGAAGAUGAUGGAUUCAGUUUAAAACCAGCUAGGUCUUCUGGUGGUGUUAAAAGUUGGCGCAAAAAAGCUGAAGAGCCUGCAAGAGAAGAAAAGCCGAAAGAGGAAGUUGCCACCACCUCGAGGAGUAGCAAACAAAGGUUACCUUCUUCAUCAGAAUCAUCCAGUUCUGAAGAGGAGGAACAACCAGAGCCUGCCAGACCGCAGCUUUUGACUGAAAAGGAAAUGAAUGAAAUUGGAGCAAAAAUUGUCAAAGCUGAAAUUUUGGGAAAUGACGCACUGGCAGCAAAAUUGAAGCAGCAGUUAGAGGAGGCAAGGACUUCGAGAGAAGAGGCCAAGGCAGCAGGCGUGAACCUGAAUAAACUGAAAGAAAAUAAAGAGGAAGUGGUCAUUCUCACAAAAACAGACUCCAAGGGUUUCACCAGGCCCAUUCAAGAGCCAAAGUACAAAGAGCCAACAGGUGGCAGACGCAAGAAGCAAAAGGUCGCCACUCACAACAAACAAGGCGAGAGGGAACGCUACUUCCCUGAUGACGACAAAUACUCCCUUCAAGAUAUUUUCACCAGGGAAAAACUCAAUACAGUUGAGGACAGCAAUAAUGAGUUUGCCAAACUGGUUUCCAAGGGUACAAAGCAUGCCGGGAAAGGAGAAUUUGACAUGGACGAGGUGUUUGAGGAGAAGGCGCGGAUGAAGGAAGCGGACGCCAAAACACAGGCCAGAGAAAGGGACCAAGCCGUGCGGGAACACCAGAGGGCAAGCAAUGCCCUCGACAGCUGUCAGUGGUGUGUUGACAGCAAGAAAAUGCUCAAGCACUUGAUCGUUGCUCUGGGAUCAAAAGUUUGCCUGUGUCUCCCUCCAUACCAGUCAUUGACAGAGGGACACUGCCUGCUGGUGCCAACCUCACAUGCUACCUGUGCAACAAUGCUGGACGAAGAUGUAUGGGAGGAAAUGCAAACUUUCAGGAAAGUCUUGACAAAGAUGUUUUUAUCAAAAGAUGAGGAUGUGAUUUUCUUUGAAAAUGCUCGGAACAUCAGAGGAUUUCCUCACAUGGUCAUGGAGUGUGUUCCUGUCGAUAGAGAUUCAGGAGCAUUGGCACCAAUUUAUUUCAAAAAAGCAAUUCAAGAGUGUGAGAUGGAAUGGGCUACAAAUGUGAAACUUGUAAACCUGGCUGGAAAAGGUCUUCGAAGAGCAAUUCCGAAAGGUCUGCCGUAUUUCGCAGUGAACUUUGGAACGGACGAUGGAUUUGGCCACGUUAUCGAAGAUGAGACUACUUUCCCACCAAAUUUUGCACAGGAAAUUAUUGGUGGCAUGCUGGACCUGGACCACCAGCUUUGGAGGAAACGACAUAAUGAAAAUUUUGAGGUGCAGAGGAAGAAAGUAGUGGCAUUUUCUAAAGACUGGGCUCCAUUUGAUUUUACAAGAAAAAGGAAGAGAGACAGUUCGUCCAGUUCAGAUUCAGACUGAUUGUUUUUCUUUGUAAUAUAUUUUGAGGCAUUUUUCCAUUUUCUAAAUGCAAUCACAAUAAAAAAAUACA